AUGCACGCUAACGUCCACAACAGCUAAUCGAUUGCUUUCUUAGAAGAAAGCUUGAAAAAUGAUAAUUUUGAUAAGGUGCACACCGAGGAAGUACCAAACUUGCCACAUUGGGUUCGUGGAAACGACGUUGUCGAAAUGAUUGAACCACGAAAUCAACGGCUCAAUGUGCUUGCUAUUGGUGGAUCUGAACCAGCUAGUGCGACCGGAGAAGUGACAGUUAUUUAUGAUCUUGAUGAUGUCAAGCCUGAUGAUGUCCGUGGCAAGAUUGUUGUGACGGCACAAACAUUUGCUGGUUAUCCGUUAACGCUUAAAUAUCGUCGAUCAGUAAAAUUAUUUGAACAAUUAGGUGCCAUUGGUGUUCUGGUCAAAUCAAUAACAUCAUUUUCCAUUAAUUCACCUCAUACCGGCACUGGUGCAGAAAAUACAACAAUUCCUGCUGCAUGUUUAACGAUUGAGGAAGCUGAAAUGCUUGAACGAUUGUAUAGGAGCGGCAAAAAGAUCGUAAUCCGAAUGGAUAUGAAAUCACAUUAUGAGGAACCUAUAAAUUCCAGCAAUCUUAUCUUUGAAAUUACCGGUAGUGAACGACCAUCUGAAGUGGUACUAUUAUCGGCACAUGUGGACAGUUGGGAUGUUGGACAAGGAGCAUUGGAUGAUGGUGCUGGUUGUGCUGUUGUAUGGAGUGCUUUGCAUUCAUUAAAAAAAUUAGCCGAAAGAAAUCCAAAAUUCAAACCAAAACGGACAAUUCGAGGCAUAUUUUGGACAUCGGAAGAACAAGGAUAUGGGGGUGCAAAACAUUACUACAUAACACAUAAAAAUGAUUCACCGGAAAAAUUUUAUUUUGUAUCUGAAACGGAUACAGGAACAUUCAAAUCAACCAAUUGGCUUGCGCAUCUUUCAUUCAGUGGUGAUAAAAAAUCUAUGCUGCGACUUAAAGAAAUAACACGUUUAUUGAGCAGAAAUGGUAUAGCGCUUGGAUUGAUAAAUAGCUCAGUACAGGGUGACGUUACUUUUUGGGCAAAAGAUGGCAUACCAUCAGUUAAUUAUAUACCUGACAAGGCUGUCGAUUAUUAUUUCUAUUUUCAUCAUACUGCUGGCGAUUACAUGACAGUAUUGAAGGAUGGCGAUUUAGAAUAUACAACAUCAAUUUUUGCCACUUUGGGCCAUGUAAUCGCUAAUAUGGAUGAUUGGGGAAGUGAUCCUAAUCAGCCACAGCAGCUUAAUUCCAAACAAUCCACUACUGAGAAAUCUGAUCGUAAAAAGCUAUAA